AUGAAGUUCACCGCUCUGCUGUCCUUCGCUUUUGCCGGAGUGAGCUGUGCCUACUCCACGGCCUCCACGUCCUCUUUCUAUCCCGUCAAGACCGCCGGCCUCAAUGAGACCAUCUACGACGAGCUGGAGACGUACCAGCCAAAAGUCAUGAUUAUCAACAUGUUCGACUACGAGGCCGAACCUUUCCUGGAAGAGUUUGGUCUUGUGCACAACGUGACAAUCCCUGGCUUGUCGCCAAUCUACCCGGAAGUCCAUUGCAACCGCAAUUAUUCCAUCUGCGAGGUCAUCACCGGCGAGGGUGAAAUCAAUGCUGCUUCCACCAUGACCGCCCUGGCCCUGAACCCGCUGUUCGACCUCGCCGAGACCUACUUCCUGAUUGCCGGUAUCGCAGGAAUCUCUCCGGAACAAGGAACUCUCGGAGACGUGACCUUUGCUCGGUUCGCGGUCCAGAUCCUGGAGUACGAGGUCGAUGCUCGCCAGAUGCCUUCCAACUGGACCACCGGCUACUUCUCGUACGGCACCACCAACUCCACCCAAUACCCAACCGAGUGGUACGGCACUGAGAUUUUCGAGGUCAACGAGGCGUUGAGAGACCGUGCUUUGGAACUGGCCCAGAAAACCGAUCUUUUCAAUGGAACGGCCAGAAACGCAGAGUUCAGAGCUCUUUACGACUACGCCCCAGCAAACAGAACUCCAAAAGCUAUUGCCUGUGAUACCCUGACUUCUGAUACCUACUGGUUUGGAUCAGACUUCGACGAAGCUUUCAGCAACUACACCGACCUCAUCACCAACGGAACUGCCACCUACUGCACCACGCAGCAGGAGGACAAUGCCACCCUGGAGGCCCUCAUGAGAGCUGCGCAGUACGGUUUGGUCGACUUCAGCAGGAUCGUCAUCAUGAGAUCUGCCUCCGACUUCACCUACGCCAACUAUUACGACAACGAGACCACCUACUUCUUCACCCAAGUGUCUCAGGGUGGCAGUAAGGUUGCAGUCCAGAAUCUAGUGGUUGCAGGUAAGCCUUUCAUCGAGGACGUCAUUUCCGACUGGAAAACCUACCAGAACGGCACUGUCUACGCUCCAGACAACUACCUGGGUGAUGUCUUUGGAACCUUGGAGGAAACCACCUACAGAGAGUGGGGAACUGACAGCGAGUAA